AUGCUACCACCGCCUCGACACACCGAAAUUCGUGCACCGCCGGAUGGCGACGCGGCGAUACGAGCAACCGACUCCGAUGCUGCCCUCGCGCGCCUCUCCGCCGUCCAGAAACAAUACCUCGCCGACCCAUUCAUACGGCAUUUCGUUCCGCGCGCGCACCUUCAGCCACCGAGGCCCCCGCUCAUCAACGUCGGAACCUACGUGCGUGCCGAGGGAAUUGACAAACUCGUCGACCAGUGGCUCUCCCUGGCCGAGCAGGAGGGCACCGACUGUCAGAUUGUGAGCCUCGGCGCAGGGAGUGACACGCGGUUCUGGCGGAUUUCGUCAGGUCCGCGGAAAGCAUCGCUGAAAGCAUAUGUUGAGCUUGACUUUCCGGAGGUCACGAUGAAGAAGGCCAUGGCGAUCAGGAAGAGCAAGGAUCUCAGCGCUGUGCUAGGCAGCCCCGACGAGGUCAGGCUAGCGAGCGGUGGAAUGGCAUUGCACGCGCCCACCUACCACCUGAUCCCUGCAGAUCUCCGAAAGCCGCCUUCAGAGAUCUUCCCGCCGCUCGCAGGCUUGCUAUCUCCUAGCCACCCAACCCUGCUGCUCUUCGAAUGUGUGCUGGUGUAUAUGUCCUCUGCCGCGUCGGCCGCAGUCAUCCAGUGGUUUGUCGACUACUUCUCCACACCAUCCUCUAGCGAUGGCGGGUGUGGCGUCCUUGGUGGUAUCGUGUAUGAGAUGUUCGGGCUCGAAGACUCGUUCGGGCGGGUCAUGAAGGCCAACCUGCAAGCGCGCAACGUCUCACUUCCUGGCGCAGAACCCUACCAGACCGCCCAAUCGCUACCAAGUAGAUUCUUGCAGCACGGGUUCACGAUGUCGAACGCGCUCACGCUGCGGGACAUCCGGCGCGCGUACGUUGAUCCGGCUGAACAAGAGAGAAUCUCGCAUCUCGAGAUGCUCGACGAGAUCGAAGAACUGGAGCUGGUCCUCGCGCACUACGCAAUUACUUGGGGCGUCAAGCUUCCUCGGGAGUCGGCCGCGUUGCAGGCGAAAUGGGCGGACUGGGGCCUGAGACCCGUGCGUACAACGUGA